GAAAGGCUUUUGUGAGCUGCUUUGCAUUAAGUUGUUAAGUUAUUCGCAAUUUACCGUUAGUUGACUGACAGUUGUCUUAGAAAUUGUUAAGAACAAAUCAAAAAUAAUUCAAAAAAGUGUUAAAAAUCCAGAAUUUCACCAUUAAAAACCCCAAUAAAAGUAAACCAGUUCUAAGAAUAAUGAUGGGAAAAUACAUAUUAAUUGUGUCAUUACUGAUAAUAAUCCAAGGCAAUCAAACAUCAUCCAAGCCACAAGUUAAUACUCAAGUCAAUAACUCUAAUCACGAAGAACCUUCAAAUCAAUCAAAAUCGGAUGCUUGCGUAGCUGAAAAAUUAAAAGAAACUCCAAAUUUAAAUUCAACAGAACUCAAAAAAGCGCGGGAAAUUGCUCGAUAUUUAUGCACGAGUGGAAUUGACAGAGAUUUGAGAGUUAAGUUCAAUGAAGUGAUUCGAGAACGUGGAGCUUUAACAACAGCUAGAAUCUCAUGCUACAAAUCAUACUUAAUGCAUUUAAAUGCAUCAGGUCCACUUGUGAUGACUUUUGAGGAACAUUUGCGUGACAUUUUCAACACAAAAUCAGAAUGUCAAAAGGAAAUUGAAGAAAUUAAUACAAAAUGCUUUGAAGAGUCAACAACAAGUCCAUUGAACUGUGAAGUAAGGAAUAAGAAAUUCUUGGCAGAAGCUUUUUUAAAGAUUUUAAUAAUCGCAAAUGGAAGUUACAGCCUGGAAGUGAGGAACAUUGAGAGGGAAAAUUAUGCAAAUCAUUUGAAGAAAAUUCAGAAUCAAAAGUUAAAAUGUACGGCAGUUGAAAAUUAGGAUUAAUAAAAAGUUUUUAAUUAAUUAA